AUGGUACAAUCAGGGACUAGUACUUUUAUCUGGGUUGCUCUCCAAUCCUACAGUCUCAGUGGACACUAUUUCCAUUUGUUUAUGUUGGGUCUAAGUGCUGCAGCCAGUGUCAGAGUGAGCAAUGAAUUAGGGGCAGCUCAUCCAAGAGUAGCAAAAUUUUCUGUCAUUGUAGUGAAUGGAGUCAGCAUUGUCAUCAGUGGAGUUUUCUGUGCAAUUAUUUUGAUAUUCCAGGAGCCUUUGAGCAAGCUUUUCACUUCUGAUUCUGAAGUCAUCGAGGAAGUUUCUAGUCUGACUCCACUGCUUGCUAUCUCAGUUUUCCUAAAUUUCAUUCAACCAAUACUGUCAGGAGUUGCGAUUGGAAGCGGAUGGCAGGCUGUUGUGGCUUAUGUAAACUUGGGUUCUUUCUAUGUCAUUGGUCUUACUCUUGGAUGUGUUCUUGGCUUUCAAACAACUCUAGGAGUAGCUGGUAUCUGGUGGGGGAUGAUCUUUGCAGUUUUAGUACAAGCAGCAUCUCUAGUAAUUAUGACUGCUAGAACAAAUUGGGAUGCAGAGGUUGAAAAAGCUCUUGCUCGCAUCAAAAGAUCAGCAGAAGAUGAGACCCUGGAUCACUGCUUUACCAACUAUUAA